CAUAACUCAGACAGAAACUAUCUGAGACUAAUCUGCCACUACUCAGUUCAUUAAACACCUCAUCAUCUUCUUACAGAAAUUAUGUUUUUGUGUUUAAAUCUUUGAGAGGCUUUUAUUUUAGAGGCCUCCAUUAGUGCCUGUAACAUUAGAGUUCAACUGGUCAACAAGCUCAGACUGCAGCUCCUUAAAAUAAACCUCAAGUAUCCCCCCAACCCCGUCCACACAGCGUCAUGUGCUGCCCCCAUUACACACAGACAGACAGCAGGACAGACAGUCGGUCAGCAGGACAGACACAGGACGCACAAACCACAUGUCUGUGGACUGACUCACAGGAAAAGCUGGAUUUGUAGAGAAACACGUUUGAAGGAGACUCAUCACCGUCUGACCUCACAGCUCCGUCAGCUUCAUCAUGGAGCUGUGGCAGCCCGCAACCCGCAUCUCUCGCUCUGCAUCAGCAGCUCCCAGUCUGGCCUUCGAGGAUUAUUCUGUCUACAGCAACCUGAGCGACGACGAGCUGUUGCAGCUCGCCAUCGAGCGCAGUCUGACCGACGCACAAUGCAACAUGGCCGCCGCCGCUGCCAGCACCCCUCCUCGUCCACCGGACAGCAGCAGCCUGAACCCUGCAGCCAGAAGCACCAACCAACCCAGAGACAGCCCCCAGAAUCCACCUGCACACUACAGCUCCCACAAUCCACCUGCAGCCCAGACUGCUGCACACUACAGCUCUCCAAACCCACCGAGCGAAAAGCCUCCUGAUCCGAAGACCUUUGAUGGGACAGUCAGUCACUUCAUGACAGGUUCUGGGAAGAGGAUGAUAGCAUAUCGUAGAGCUGACGGCAGUCUGGUCCACAUCGUUCCAGAACCUGAAGAGGAGGAGGAGCCUCUGUUCCAAGCGAUCCGUGUUGGUGAUGUGAGCAGAGUGAAAAUGCUGGCGACGCGUCCAGGAACGAACCUGAUGCUGCCGAGUAAACCUGGCUGGCUCGCCACUCACCAGGCGGCAUGGUAUGGCCAGGACAAGUGCCUGAAAGUUCUGCUGUCAGUCCAGCCGGGGAUGGUCAACAAACGAACAGAACACGGUGAGUCGCCGCUGCUCAUUGCUGUCAACAAAGAGCAGCUACGUUGCGUUCAGAUGCUGCUGGAAAGUGGAGCGGAUCCCGACAUCCCAAACUACGACCGAGAGACCCCACUAUACAAAGCCUGUGAGAAGAACAGUGCGGCCUUGGUGGCGGUGUUGUUGAACCACGGGGUGGCAGUGAACACUCACUGUAUUCAGGGCUGGACCGCUCUGCAGGAAGCUGUGGGUCGAAACAACGUCGAGAUCUGUGAGAUGCUGCUGAAGGCCGGCGCCAAACACAGCCUGACCAAUGUGUACGGCAUCUCGCCACUUUUUACCGCAGCUCAGAGCGGGCAGCUCGCCGCGCUGCGCUUCCUCCUCAAACACGGUGCCGACAUUAACACUCAGGCCGCAGAUGGAGCCACCGCUCUGUAUGAAGCAGCUAAAAAUGGACAUGAAGAAGUCGUGGAGCUCCUCCUCUCUCAGAAAGCUGAUGCUAACAAGCCUGGGAAGACUGGGUUGUUACCGCUUCACAUCGCCGCUCAGAGAGGAAGUGACACUAUUGUCUCCAUGUUGAUCCGAGCAACCAGUAAGGCCAGAAUCCGGCGGACUGGCAUCAGCCCGCUCCACCUUGCUGCUGAGCGUAAUCGCGAUGACGUCCUGGAGGCUCUGAUUGAGGCAGGAUUUGAUGUCAAUGCUCAGCUAUCUGAAGAACGGUCAAAGCUGUACGAGGACCGCCGCAGCACGGCGCUCUAUUUCUCUGUCAUCAACAACAACAUUGACGCCGUACGCAUGCUGUUGGCGGCCGGCGCCAACCCAAACCUGGACAUGUUCAAGCCAUUGAUGGUGGCGACGAGGCAGGACUGCAUCCAAACCGUCACCCUGCUGGUGGAGCACGGGGCCGACAUCAAUGCUUGCAUCCCCACACACCCCACCACCUUCCCCGCCGUCUACAUGUUCUCCAUGAAGUACCUGCCCAUGUUCAAGUACCUGCUGGACCACGGAGGCCACGCCCUCCCCUGCUUUGACUGUGUUUAUGGUAGCAGACCUCAUCCGCCAAUAAAUACCAGACGAUCAGAGAGGAGUGACAUCACCUACACCGAGAGAGUCCUGUCAGAGUCACAACAAAGACGAGGCGUUCAGUUCUGUGAGAUGAUUUCGGCCCCCAGUAUCUGUCGGUGGGCAGGGCCAAUCAUUGACAUACUGUUGGACUACGUUGGUCAUGUGACUCUCUGCUCCAGACUGAUGGAACAUCUGAAUAGCUAUGCAGACUGGAGUGUUAUCAAGGACAAAGCAGCACUUCCGCGGCCGCUGCUGCAGCUCUGCAGGGUGCGAAUUCUGCAGCUGGUCGAACGUCGACAUGUGAACAAGUUACUGCUGCCUGGAGGUCUGAUCCGCUUCCUGAACCACCAGGAGUUACCUGUGGAUGACUACUGAAAGAAAACUGUCCUGUUCAUACACUUCAACCAGCUUAACCAGUUUAUUCAUUUUGCUGAAGGGACAGUAUUGAUUAGAACUGAUUACUGGCUGCUGCAGGAGCUGCAGAAAAUUUUCACAUCAUGAAAACAUGAACGGACUGAAUGAAUUUGCACAUCGUUAUUUUUUUUCUGUCUCUUUUCUGUCACAGAGUGGUCUGAGUUGUAUUUCUUGACAGGAGUGAAUCCAGGAAUGUAUUCCAGGUGUUUCCAGAUGUACAGAUGGAAGCUGUGCCUGUGAACAGAAGCUUCUGGAUGAUGACGUUCCUGUUCCAGUGUUUUGGUUCACAUUGUUCUCUGCGGUAGAAGAGCUUUUAGGUCCCCCUUAGAGUACCAGAUGUUUCCAGGAGUUAAAACUCCUCCUAAAUACUCCCUGAAUGUUCCUUUGUUGUUUAUUUUAUGCACAAUAAACAUGUAGCUGAAAGUGAAUUUGACAAUAAA